GUGGGAGUGGGACUCUCCCGGGUGGGGUUGGAGCCGGACCCGGCAAGAACAAUCCAGCGAGCGAGAAAAAGGGAGACGAAUCCAAUCCAAGCCGGAGCGCGAGGGGGAGAGGGAGCUCAGGGAAGGCAAACCGUUCCUGCCCAAUCCAGCCCGGUCGGAUCGCCGAGUCGCGGGGAGGGAAGACGCGGCGAGGUUUAGGCAGGGUUUGUCCCGUCUUGUCUCCCGUGCGCUUCAGCUCUCGCCGUGGGAGGAGGAGGAGGGGUCGCCGGCGGUGGGGCGCGCCGAUGCGGAAGUUCCAGGACUCCGUCAAGGCCCUCGAGGCCGACAUCGAGCACGCCAAUGCGCUGGCGUCGGAGUUCCUGCGGGACUACGACGGGUCGUUCAUCCAGAUGCGGAUGGCGUACAGCGCCGUCGCGCAUUUCCUCGUGCAGUGGACCGACUGCAAGCUCGCCGGCGCGCUCGGCCUCCUCAAGGUCAUGCUCUACAAGGUGUACGCGGACGGCUCGUCGGCGCUUCCCGACUGGGAGAGGGAGGCCAGCAUCAGGGAGUUCUACGCAGGCGUCAUAUUCCCGUCGCUGCUGCAGCUGCCGAGCGGCAUCACCGAGCUGGACGACCGGAAGCAGAGGAGGCUCUGCCUGAAGAAAUUCAGGAGCAGGGACGAGGAGCUCUCGGAGGUGGACACGGAGAGGGAGCUCGAGUGCGGCAUCUGCCUCGAGGUCAACCGCAAGGUCGUGCUGCCCGACUGCGCCCACACGCUCUGCAUGCGGUGCUUCGAGGAUUGGAACGCCAAAUCCAAGUCCUGUCCGUUCUGCCGCGCCUGUCUGGAGGAGGUGAAGCCGGGCAGCCUGUGGAUGUACACCGACGACAGCGACGUUGUGGAUAUGGAUACCUUGACGAGGGAGAACAUUAGGCGGCUCUUCAUUGCCCUGUCAUUAUACGGCCAUGAUAGGGCAUGCAAAGCGCGUCGAAUGUUCCAGUGGUUUUAGAGGCUGCCGGAUUCAGCCAUUCAGAUGUGUUGCAAUACUCGCUCGUGGUGCUGUUGUGGAGUGGCGGAGAGGUCUGGCAGGUGUGGCGAUGCGCAGCACUGCUGGUGUACAGCGAUAAGUGGCACAGGGGUGCUUAAACGGUGCAUUAGCAGCAGCGAAGCUCGUUUUGCCUCGAUCCUACGCGACGGGAACAAAAACAAAGAGGUCCGACCAGAUGUUUUUCCCCCCUGCAGUUUUCCUGUAAAAUCAGCAUGGUAGGAAACUUUCGUCCAUUUUCCCUAAGCAAGAAUUCCAUUCGAAAGGGACGAACAGUACCAAUUUCCCAUAGGAUUUGAAAUCCUCCGCUUUUCCUCCAUGAAUCCUUCAAUACAAAUACGAUGUAAUACGUUAUUACUACAAUCCCAGCGGAAAGCUCCCGUAGCUCAGUUGGUUAGAGCGUUGGUCUUAUGAGCCGAAGGUCGCGGGUUCGAGCCCCGCCGGGAGCAUUUUUGUAAAACUUUUUUGGAAAAAAUAAAAUAGAGCUGAGUUUUUUGUUA